UCGAACAACGCGAAGGAUGAUGGGCGGUUCAUUGGAUCUCGCAACUCACACAGCUCACGCGAGCCCAUUACUAUAUAUGUGGGAGGCCUCAGAUGUUGUCUCGAGGUGGUACCAGGCCUCCCUUGCUUUCAUUGCCUACCUCAUUGGGGACGUUUCAAUCAUUUCAUAGGUCGUCAUUUACUAGCCCAAACGUACUCUCGUUCGUGUGUCACAUACUCAGGCAAGCAUCACUACCAAGAUGUACGCCUCAGGAGUCUCAUAUCUCCUCCUUCUUGCUGCAUCAACAACGUCAGCAGUCAAUCUCCUCCCCCGCAAAGAAUCCUGCCCGAAAGUCUGGUCAGAAGUCCUCCCCGAGCUCCAAACCGCCUUUGCAGGAUGCGGCCGUGACGCACACGGCGCCAUCCGCGCCCCCUUCCACGACUGCAUCAACAACGGCUGCGACGGCAGCCUCAUCCUGACCGACGAAUGCAGCCGUGCUGAGAAUGCCGGCCUGUCCGACAUCUGCGGCAAGCUGCUCUCCUGGACCCAGAAAUACAACACCAGCGCCGCAGACAUGAUCCAGUUCGCCGCCGCAACGGCGAUAUCCGCCUGUCCCCUCGGUCCUCGCGUCAGGGCACUGGUCGGCCGCAAGGACAGCAGCGAGGCGGCGCCAGUGGGUAGCGUGCCUAGCAGCCGCGACAAGACCUCGUCGAUCCUGGAGAAGUUCGCUGCGAAGGGGUUCAGUCCCGAUGAUCUGGUUGCGCUGCUGGGGACGCACUCCGUGGCUGUGCAGGUCAAUGACGACCCAUCGCAGGCGGGCAAGAGCUUGGAUUCGACGCCGAGUUCGUUUGAUCUGAAAUUCUACUCGGAGACGCUGGAUGGAACCGCACCGUACACUUUGCAGAGCGACAAGGGACUUUCGAAAGACGGUGAGACACAGAAAAAGUGGAAGCAGUUCGCGGACGGUGAUACAAGUGCCUGGAACACUGCGUUUACUGAUGCUUGGAAUCGGUUCGCUGUUGUCGGGAAUGAUGUGGGCAGCCUGCAGGAUUGCUCGGGUGUCAUCCCUUCGGGUGCUUCGGAGAGAAGGCUUGCGAGGAGACUAGGCGGGUCGGCAGCAGCGAGAGCAUUUGUGAGGCGCUUGUAUGAUUCUUGAGUCACUGCCAAAAGCAUGGGUGUUGGAACCAAGCCUAUCACGAGCCUGCAGGCUCCGUAAAAUAUAACAUUGCAUAGGGCAACGUGGUAACAGUCGCUGCUUUCAUACAUCGAGUAUUAGUAUAUAUCACAUGAGAAGGAUUACAGCAUCAUGAGCAUUUUUAAGUCAAC